GUCACCUUGCAAUAAGGUGAAAUAUCCCUCGACCAGGAUAGGGUUAGUUCCUGCAUCCACAGUCCCUAACUGAAUGGCCAACGAGAGGAGGGGCGCGAGUUUGUGAAUUUGUGUAGUAUUGGAAGCAGGAAAGCAAGAGCAGAUAAAAUGGAAAUCUUAAUUUUAUUCGGUGCAUUAAUGCUCAUUUGUAUUUUCAUCAUUAGAUAUUUGAUGAUAGUGUACGAGUGCCUUAGAAAAGUUGAAGUUGUUACUAAGAUUACUUCGGUGAAAAACUCCUCAAGUGGUAAUGUGACUGUGAAGAAAACUUACAAGCAAGCGCCCGGCCCUUUACCUUGGCCAAUCCUGGGAAACUUAGCACUUUUAGCGCAAUUUGAGGUUCCCUUCGAAGGGUUCACGGAACUAGCAAAGAAGUUUGGUGAUGUGUACGCAUUAACAAUGGGCACUACGAGAUGUUUAAUUGUUAACAAUUUGGAUUUAAUCCGGGAAGUGCUGAAUAAAAAUGGAAAGUUUUUUGGUGGCCGGCCGGAUUUAUUACGAUAUAAUUGGCUAUUCGGAGGCGAUCGAAAUAAUUCUCUGGCCCUCUGCGAUUGGUCCCAGUUACAACAAAGGCGUCGUAAUUUAGCGCGCAAAUAUUGUUCCCCUAGAGACGCAUCUAAUUUCUUUGCAAAAAUGAGUGACGUUGGAUGUUUCGAAAUGGAGGAGUUCAUGGAUAAGCUCCAGAAAAUAGUAAAACCCGGCAAAGAUUUCCAUUUGAAACCACUGAUCAUGCAAGCAUGUGCAAAUAUGUUCAUCCAAUAUAUGUGCUCAGUACGCUUUGAUUAUGCUGAUGAAAGCUUUCAACUUAUCGUUCAUUAUUUCGAUGAAAUUUUUUGGGAAAUCAAUCAAGGAUACGCUGUAGAUUUUCUUCCGUGGCUCUUACCUUUCUACCUACCACACAUGAAAAAAUUAUCUAAGUGGGCUACCACAAUAAGGCAAUUCAUUCUAGAACGAAUUGUGAGAGAUCGGGAACAAAAUUUGGAAAAGGACGAACCAGAAAAGGAUUUUACUGAUGCUUUACUUAAGACACUGGCAGAAGAUGAGACAGUAUCGAGGGACACAAUUAUUUUCAUGUUGGAAGAUUUUCUAGGCGGACAUUCCGCAAUUGGUAAUUUGGUGAUGCUGGCUCUUGCGUUCAUCUCUCGAUAUCCAGAAAUUGCAAGGGAGAUUCAAAAGGAAGUUGAUCACAUUACAAAUAACGGUGCCCGGAAGGUUAACUUAUAUGAUACUGACACCAUGCCUUUUACGGUUGCCACUAUUUAUGAAGUACUGAGAUAUGCAUCUUCCCCAAUUGUGCCGCACGUAGCAACGGAAGACGCCUGCAUUUCAGGCUAUGGAGUCACGAAAGGUACAAUCGUUUUCAUAAAUAAUUACGAACUAAACACUAGUGAGAAAUAUUGGAUAAACCCAAAGGACUUCAACCCAAAUCGAUUUCUUGAAAAAGUAAAACUUGAGCAUUUCAAAAUGAAGCGAACAACAUCCUUAGAUCCAGAGCCGGAGUUGGUUUCAAGCCACGUAAGCAAACUGGUUCCCGAUAAAGAUGGCUACGUAAAACAUGUUCGGACAAAUAUACCCCACUUUCUACCAUUCAGCAUUGGUAAACGGACAUGUAUCGGCCAAAACCUAGUUCGAGGAUUUGGAUUCAUAAUGCUUGCAAAUAUUCUACAAACCUAUGAUGUCAGUAGCAACACUCCAGACCAAAUAAAGACCUACCAAGCCUGUGUCGCGCUCCCACCAAAAACGUUUACGCUUUCUCUAACACCGCGAACUAGCAAGUGAGUGGCAGUUGAGGACCCGCCCUGAUGACAAUCUAAAGUUCAUGUGGAACAGAGGAAAGUGCGACCGACGAAGGCAAAAGUUGGCAAACACGAAUUUUAUAGCCUUAGAGCCCGAAGUGCAAUUCUAGUAUAUUUUACACGGAAUGGAAAAAAUUAUAUAAAAUAUAGCAAAAAAUGUAUCUAAAAUUCCAAUAAUUCUAGUUAGCAAUCAACAUAAGAAUCGACAGAAUCUUAGUCAAAAGACUGAUUAAAGUUAGGUUUUCAUCUAUUAAAUAAUUAUAUUGUGUUUUAAAGAUAGUUUAUAACUGUCGUUGGAAUUGUUUCAAAACAUUUUUAAAAAUGUUAUUUCUGCUGUUGAAACAUGCAUACAACGUUAUAGCUUUUACUUUAUUUUUAGAAAGGA